AGCAGGAAGUCCGGCGGCAAGGAUGGAGGUGUUGCUGAAGGCCCUGUAAGCGGGGUCCCUGGUGGGAUCCGGGUCUUCCCUGUUUUCUUGGUCAGCAGGCUCCUCCCAGUAGCAGGGGCGGGACGGCAGCGGCGAAGCUCCCGCAGCCAUGCAUGACGCUUUUGAGCCGGUGCCGAUCCUGGAGAAGCUUCCACUGCAGAUUGACUGCCUGGCUGCCUGGGAGGAAUGGCUUCUUGUUGGAACCAAGCAAGGGCAUCUUCUUCUCUACAGGAUUCGGAAGGAUGUUGGUUGUAACAGGUUUGAGGUAACACUAGAGAAGUCCAAUAAGAACUUUUCCAAAAAGAUCCAGCAGAUCCAUGUGGUUUCCCAGUUUAAGAUUCUAGUCAGCUUGUUAGAAAACAACAUUUAUGUCCAUGACUUACUGACAUUUCAACAAAUCACUACAGUUUCAAAGGCUAAAGGAGCAUCACUGUUCACCUGUGACCUCCAGCACACUGAGACGGGUGAGGAGGUGUUGCGGAUGUGUGUGGCGGUGAGGAAGAAGCUGCAGUUGUACUUCUGGAAGGAUAGAGAAUUCCAUGAACUGCAGGGAGACUUUAGUGUACCCGAUGUGCCCAAGUCCAUGGCAUGGUGUGAAAAUUCUAUCUGUGUUGGCUUCAAGAGAGACUACUACCUGAUUAGGGUGGAUGCAAAGGGGUCUAUCAAAGAGCUCUUCCCAACAGGAAAGCAGCUGGAGCCCUUAGUUGCCCCUCUGGCAGAUGGAAAAGUAGCCGUGGGUCAGGAUGAUCUGACUGUGGUGCUCAACGAGGAAGGCAUCUGCACUCAGAAAUGCGCCCUGAACUGGACAGACAUCCCGGUGGCCAUGGAGCACCAGCCUCCGUACAUUGUCGCAGUGUUGCCAAGAUACGUGGAGAUCCGAACACUUGAACCAAGGCUUCUGGUCCAGAGCAUAGAGUUGCAAAGGCCCCGCUUCAUUACAUCAGGGGGAUCAAACAUUAUCUAUGUGGCCAGCAAUCAUUUUGUUUGGAGACUCAUUCCUGUCCCCAUGGCAACCCAAAUCCAACAGCUUCUCCAGGACAAGCAGUUUGAAUUGGCUCUGCAGCUAGCGGAAAUGAAAGAUGACUCAGACAGUGAAAAGCAGCAGCAAAUCCAUCACAUUAAGAACUUGUAUGCCUUCAACCUCUUCUGUCAGAAGCGCUUUGAUGAGUCCAUGCAGGUCUUUGCUAAACUUGGCACAGAUCCCACCCACGUGAUGGGCUUGUACCCCGACCUGCUGCCCACGGACUACAGGAAGCAACUGCAGUACCCCAACCCGCUGCCCACACUCUCUGGUGCUGAGCUGGAGAAGGCUCACUUAGCGCUCAUUGACUACCUGACACAGAAGCGGAGCCAGUUGGUAAAGAAGCUGAAUGACUCGGACCACCAGUCCAGCACCUCCCCACUCAUGGAGGGCACUCCCACCAUCAAGUCCAAGCAGAAGCUGCUGCAGAUCAUCGACACCACUCUACUCAAGUGCUACCUCCAUACAAAUGUGGCCCUGGUGGCUCCCUUGCUGCGCCUGGAGAACAACCACUGUCACAUCGAGGAGAGUGAGCAUGUGCUGAAGAAGGCUCACAAGUACAGUGAGCUGAUCAUCCUGUAUGAGAAGAAGGGGCUCCAUGAGAAAGCUCUGCAGGUGCUAGUGGACCAGUCCAAGAAAGCAAACUCACCUCUGAAAGGCCAUGAAAGGACGGUGCAGUACCUACAGCAUUUGGGCACAGAAAACCUACAUUUGAUUUUUUCCUACUCGAUCUGGGUGCUGAGAGACUUCCCAGAAGAUGGCCUGAAGAUAUUCACUGAAGACCUCCCGGAGGUGGAGUCUCUGCCACGAGAUCGCGUGCUCAACUUCUUGAUAGAGAAUUUCAAGGCCCUGGCCAUUCCUUACCUGGAGCACAUCAUCCACGUGUGGGAGGAGACAGGCACACGGUUCCACAAUUGCCUAAUCCAGCUGUACUGUGAGAAAGUGCAGAAUCUGAUGAAAGACUACCUCCUGUCACUACCCACAGGCAAAAGUCCAGUCCCUGCUGGCGAGGAAGCAGGAGAACUGGGAGAAUCCCGACAGAAGCUGCUCACGUUCCUGGAGAUUUCCAGCUCCUACGAUCCCGGCCGGCUCAUCUGUGAUUUUCCCUUCGAUGGCCUCUUAGAAGAAAGAGCUCUCCUGUUGGGACGCAUGGGGAAGCACGAACAAGCUCUCUUCAUCUAUGUCCAUGUCUUGAAGGACACAAAGAUGGCUAAGGAGUACUGCCACAAACACUACGACCAAAACAAAGAAGGCAACAAAGAUGUAUAUCUGUCCCUGCUUCGGAUGUACCUGUCGCCUCCAAGCAUUCACUGCCUGGGGCCAAUCAAACUAGAGCUCCUGGAGCCACAGGCCAACCUCCAGGCUGCCCUGCAGGUCCUAGAGCUGCACUACAGCAAAUUAGACACCACCAAGGCAAUCAACCUUCUGCCAGCAAACACUCAGAUCAAUGACAUACGAAUCUUCCUAGAAAAGGUCUUAGAAGAAAAUGCACAAAAGAAACGGUUCAAUCAAGUGCUUAAGAAUCUUCUCCAUGCGGAGUUUCUCAGGGUUCAGGAAGAGCGGAUUUUACACCAGCAGGUGAAGUGCAUCAUCACUGAGGAGAAGGUGUGCAUGGUGUGCAAGAAGAAGAUUGGGAACAGUGCAUUUGCAAGAUACCCCAAUGGAGUGGUUGUGCACUACUUCUGCUCCAAAGAAGUUAACUCAGCCGACACCUGAGCCCGGCAUCCCAAGCACUCAGCAGUGGACAGCUCAGCUUCCCAGAGAGUUGAAGGAGCGGCCACCCUAGGAACUAGGGACUGCUACCAUAAAGUGUCUCCCUCAUUUGGGCGUUGCUGGCUACCUUGCUCUCUGGAGCAUCUCUGAAUCAACUGGACUUGUGACCUGGCAUUGCAGGCUUUUUACUAGAAGAAGAGAUUAGGCAUAUCCUUCGCUGUUAUGUUGCAGACAAUUCCAGGAAUUUAACCCCUGCCUGGACAGGAGGAAAUGCACCGUCUUGCCUUUGUAUACCAAUCACCUGGACAAGGAGAUUUCAUCUCAAGUGUUUGUACCCAUGGGGUUGUUGACUGCGAGUUUUCUAUUACAGUAACUACACGGCUUCACCAGACCCCUGCAGGCAGCCUGGAGAGUCCCAUGGGAGCCUGGUACUAGAGCUUUCCAGCCCCACUGGCCGCAGGCUGCUUGUACUCUGACGGUUCUCCACAGGAGCUGUGCCCUGUGUCCUGCUUAUCCCUUUAAUAUUCAGUCUCCUUUUCUUUCUCACUAUUUAUUUUACCCCCAAUCUCUUCUCUUGUACCAUCCUCUCCCACUCUGUAGACUGGGCGGUAGGGAGUAACUAAUAUUUAAAUGUGGCAACAUGGGAGGCACAGUCUAGGUUUCCAGGAGUGGACUGAUGAGCAGGUGUCACAUACAUUGUAUGAAGGUUCUCAGGAGCUGAACUUUUCUACUAAGAUGUGUAGGAGAGCACAAGUCUCUGUAGGCGUAGGCUUUGGUAGGUAGCUCUCUGGGGCAGCACUGGGCAGGGCGUGUGGUCUAGGCAGGAUCUCUGCAGAAGUGCCUGCUUCAGCCACUCACCAGCUGCUUGGACAGGUCAUUGAGCCUUCGUUGGUGAGCUCUUUGAGCUCUGAGCAGCUUUCUCCACUCUAGCCACUUUCUGUCCUGUUGCUUUCAUGGCCAUAGUUGUUCCCUGGCCUUUUUUGCAAGACUGGAGGAUUUCACUAGGAUAUCUUGGUAAUGGGUGUCUGCCCUGCACACAGGGAACAGUUGACCAGAAACUGACAGCCAUGAGAUGCCGGGUAUGUUUGUGAGGCACUGAGCAAAGGGUAAUGCAGGAGCGGAUGGACUUAGAGCUUACUGCUGGCUCUGUUGAGCAUGUCAGGGAGCCUGCAGGAGGUAUGCAGGAACUUCUGGCAUUGGAGGCUGUAGGCACCAGGCACACAUGCACAGUCAUAUAUGCAGGCAGCACACCCACACACAAAGUUUAAAAAAAAAUGACCAGUGCUGCUUCAACAGCUUAAAAUGCACUUCCUCAGGAGUGGCCCUGGAAUGCUGGGCAGCUCCCCAUAGGACAGGACCGGUACUUGUGCCGUCCAUGAGUCCUGCCCUCUCACCUGGUAGGCUUGUAGCAUCCCUUCUUAUGAACUGUGUUUGAAGCAGUAGAAUAAAACCUGUAUUUUCUCCUGGAUGGUGUACAUCCUUAAUUCUAUUUCCCCAAACUCCAUCCUUUCUUCCCUGGAUCCUGCCCUCCGUAGAGGGUUGGGGAGGGGAACAGAUAGCUCCAGCCUGAGGAUGCUGGAGGGCUGCUUCCCAAUAAACAAGCGAAACACCAA